AUGAUAACGAAUCUCUCUAUUUUACCUAUGACCCCUCCAGACCCCACGGAUACGGACUUGUUAAAAUCCCCCGGGAAUCAAUGGAGCACCUCAGUGAACUCCGCCGUCCAUGUCAUUUCCACGGAGCGCGCUGCCCUGGCGAAUUUGGAACACCUGUACCAGACGAAUCCUUUGGCGCAGGAGCAUCUCGCGCGCGCGGUGAGCCAGAUCGCCUCUAGUAUUCGAAAUGGCGGCAAAUUGGUGUGUUGCGGGGUAGGCAAGAGUGGAAAGAUCGCUCAAAAACUGGAGGCAACGAUGAACAGCAUGGGUAUAUACAGCGCAUUCCUACACCCUACGGAGGCAUUGCAUGGUGAUCUGGGCAUGAUUCGACCGCAAGAUACGCUGUUGUUGAUAUCGUUCUCGGGUCGCACCCCCGAGCUUCUACUGCUACUGCCCCAUAUCCCUUCCACCGUCCCGGUGAUUGCCAUCACAAACCACCUUCAUCCGGCGACAUGUCCGCUUUUAUCCUUCCAGCCUUCCGACAUGGGUAUUCUCUUACCGGCUCCGGUGCACGAAGAUGAAGAAACCUCGUUUGGCGUCAGCGCUCCGACAUCGUCCACUACAGUAGCCCUGUCGUUGGGCGAUGCCUUGGCCAUCGCCACCGCCAGGCGACUACAUACCACCCCGGGACGAGGGCCUGCCGAGAUCUUCAAGAGCUUUCAUCCUGGCGGGGCCAUUGGAGCGGCAUCCAACGUUACGACGCCAAUGAGUAUGUCGACUGUAUCAUUCCCGUCAACUAGUUCCGACGAACCGCAACAACCCAUCUUGUCGUUUCCUCGACAGGAGGAAGCGAUUCGCGUCCCACCCCUUGCUGAGAUGCUAGUGUCGAUCGACCAAAUCCCGACGGUGUUUGCAGCGGGCAAGAUACGCUUAUUGAACAUCCUCCUCACUGCUAUCCAACACCCCAACGCCAAAUCGUGGGUAUCUUUGUCUCCCUCGGAGAUCAUCCCCCCACGACAUCUUCGUUCUCUUUCGCAGAGCAGCUAUGUGGAUAUGGAAGUUACCGCGUUCACCAGCCUCGGUCUCCCCUUCGCGGUUCCUCGCACGGACUGGCUGCGCGUUCCCUACUCAACAACUAUCGAGCAUGCGCGCCAGCUAGUCUCGAAAACCACCACAUCCACAGGAUCUCCGGUCACGGUGAUCGCGGUCAUGAAAGACCAGAAUCCUGAUGAUCUAUUGGGAGUCAUCGAAGUCGAGGAUCUAUGGAAUCAGUACGCUUGA